CUCCCCUUUGCUUCGAUUUGAAGAAGUUCAGGAUAGUUUAGUACUACUAGGGAAAAUAUUUUUGAAAGUUCCCGAGCAUGGACACGGAAGAGAGGUCCAAGAAGAGGCUGCUGCUAUGGAGCAGAGCCGUCGUCCACUUCUCCCUCUGCUUCGCCUUCGGCGUCUUCGCCGCCCUCGUGCCGCCUGCCGCCACCGGCGCCCCGUCGAUCGACGUCAUCGGCGCCUCGUUUCGGCCAACGGUGGCGGCGGCUACGCCUCCUCUCCCCGACCUCGACCUCCUGCUGGUCGUCACCGUCGCGCGGCCGGACGAAGACGGCAUGUCCCUGGAGGCGUCGCUGACGAGGCUCGGGAACACGCUGCGGCUCGUCGCGCCGCCGCUGCUGUGGAUCGUGGUCGGAGCGGAGAACAGGACGGCGACGGCGAGGGCGGUGCACGCGCUGCGUGGCACCGGAGUCAUGUUCCGGCAUCUCACCUAUGCCGCCGAGAACUUCACCGGUCGCCCCGCGGGCGACGAGGUAGAUUACCAGAGGAACGUCGCGCUGUCUCAUAUCCAGCUGCAUCGGCUGCCCGGUGUCGUGCACUUCGCCGGCGCUUCCAGCGUCUACGACCUUCGGUUCUUUGAACAGCUCAGGCGAACUCGGGGCAUUGCAGCAUGGCCAAUAGCUACUGUGUCAUCAUCAGACCAGACGGUAAAAUUAGAGGGACCAACCUGUAGCUCAUCUCAAAUCACAGGCUGGUACUCAGAGGACUUAAGUACCAAUACAACAGAGACAACCCGGGACUCAAGCAGCAGUACAACACAGGCCGCAGUAGAUACCAAUGCAAGCAAUCAAAACUCAAGCUCUAGACCUCCUGAAAUAAACAUAUCUGGAGUUGGAUUUAAGAGCUCGAUGCUAUGGGAUUCAGAGAGGUUCAUCCACAGAGAAAAGUCGACAGGCAUAAAUCAGGAUUUAAUCCAACUUGUACGACAAAUGGUGACUGACGACGAGGACAAAAGAAGAGGCAUUCCUUCUGAUUGUUCCGAGUCACAGAUAAUGUUGUGGCACCUUGACAUGCCAAGGUACACUCCAAAAAUUGAAGACCAGGAGGCUCUAGAGAAGGAAAGUCCAAUGAAGGUUGACGAAGAGGUUCCAUCAAAGAAGGUUGACGAAGAGGAACCCGUGACAAGAUGAUAGAUAACCAAGGCAUACUCCAACAAUUAAAUAACAGUAGACUCCAGAGAAACGCAAGUCUAAUGAAGGGUGACGAAGAGGAACCCAUGACAUGAUACUAUUAGUUACACUGUAGAAUAUUACCAUGUAACAAAUAGAAGAAUGACAAAUCUACCUUCAUGUAUAUCAGUGAUUCCAUACUGUGUAACACAUAACUGGACCUCAAAGUGUAAAAAUGGUGAAUAAAUCUACUCUUUUUUGA